ACCAGCUGUUAGCUUCCUCUCCUGUCCCACCUGAGCCUCGGCUCGCCGCUCUUUCUCCGUUCGGUCCGCCCCCUGAAGCCGCCCCCCCAGCAUGAGUUCCUCUCCGUUGGUUUCCCGAGCCAACAUGGACAUCCUGGACGAGCUGCAGCUCAUCGCCGCCCAGAACCUGGAGAGGCUGGAGGUCAACAAGUACUACGAGGUUAUCCGGGAACUGGGCAAAGGCACAUAUGGCAAGGUGGACCUGGUAAUCCACAAGAUCAGAGGUACGAAAAUGGCGCUGAAGUUCCUGAAGAAGAAGACGACCAAGCUGAAGUCUUUCCUGCGGGAGUACAGCAUCUCCCUCUACCUGUCUCCCUGCCCCUUCAUCAUCAACAUGUUCGGCAUCGCCUUCGAGACGGACGAGUAUUACGUGUUCGCCCAGGAGUACGCUCUGGCGGGAGACCUCUUCGAUAUCAUUCCUCCACAGAUUGGUCUUCCUGAGGCGGUGGCCAAACGUUGCGUGCACCAAGUGGCGAUCGCUCUGGACUACCUGCACUGCAAGAAGCUGGUCCACCGGGACAUCAAGCCCGAGAACAUCCUCAUUUUUGACCGAGAGUGCCGCAAGGUGAAGCUGUCGGACUUCGGGAUGACGCGCCGGGCCGGCUCGCCCGUGAAGAGAGUGAGCGGCACCAUCCCUUACACGGCGCCGGAGCUCUGCGACGUGUCGCGCCACGAGGGCUUCUGCGUGGACUACAGCACCGACGUCUGGGCGUUCGGCGUGCUGCUCUUCUGCAUGCUGACCGGAAACUUCCCCUGGGAGAAGGCGCUGCCCACCGACUCCUUCUACCAGGAGUUCAUCCGCUGGCAGAGGAGGAGGACCAACACGGUGCCGUCGCAGUGGAGGCGCUUCACCGAGCAGGCGCUCCGCAUGUUCCGCCGGCUGCUGUCCGUGGAGCAGGACCGCCGCUGCUCCGUCAAGGAGGUGUUCGGGUACUUCAGCCACUCCUGGAUGCUGGACGCAGAGAACGACAAUAACAACGGCAACACGGCCGCCGGAGGGGAGAGAAUAUCUGGUAAUGGCGGCGGUGGCGGGGGCGGCGGCGGCGGAGGAGGAGGAGGAGGAGGCGGCGGCGGUGGUGGAGGCGUGCGAGGGGACGUGGACGGCACUAUCUCGUCGUCGUCGUCUGGAGAGGAAGACGAGGAGCUUCUGGUAGAGAGGAUGAAGCAGCAGACUCUGUCGCCCUGCUCCCCACUCUCGCCCCUCUCCCCCAUGUCGCCCAUGGCGGUGGAGAGGGGGAGCGGCGGCAGCGGGGCCAAAGGCGGGAUAAUGGAGCCGGGCGGGGGCCACCAUUUCGUCUCGGUCUCCACCAACAGCUCCGUGUCGUCCACCAACAGCUACGACCGGAUGCCGCGCGAGAACAGUUCGCCGGGCGGCCGCAUGCUGGUGGCCACGCCCAUCGAGAUCUGCGUCUGAGAACGUUGCUGUCACGGACUCGCCGGCUACACACUUUUAUACCUCUCAUCCACCCACGUAGAUGUGCAUGCAUGGA